AAUCGAAAUGGAAUGGAACUGUGGUAAAGUUGUGUAAAGUCUUUUGACAUCUAGUUUCAGAUGUAACUUAGUUCAAGGCAUUUAGUUAACUUAAAAGUUGCAUGAAUAUCGAGUGAGUUCCUGCAAAGUGAUUAAGAAGAUUAUGAUAAAGUCUACCAAAUUGAUAACAGUAACAUACAAUAGUUGAAUUUCGAGUUUUGUAUCAUUGUAUUGCUUGAAAAAUAUGUUUCUCUGACGAUUGGCCUGAUAUUAAAAGUAGUCCAACGAUGCGAUAUUGGCAUUCAGGCGUGCAUCAGAUAAACAAGACACGUGAAGACAGCUGGUUGGCGUGAAAUGCCUGUGGAAGUGGGGGCGGCUGGUGGGGUGGGGGCGGAAAAUGGCGGAGGCGGCCAACAACACACCAAUCGUGCCCGCAACAACAACAACAAUAAUAACAACAACAACAACGCGAAUCCGCUGAUAAAUGUGCGCGACCGCCUCUUUCAUGCACUCUUCUUCAAGGCGGCACUCGCCUACGCUCGCACCUUCCCGCGGCCUGUGCGACGGUUCAUCGAGUUUGCACUUCUCAUCAAGGCAAUGGUAACGUUCUUCGUACUGAUCUACAUCCACGUGGUCUUCUCGCGUUCACCGACCACGUGUCUGGAACACGUGCGAGACACGUGGCCACGUGACGGCAUCCUCAGAGUGGAGAUCUUGCGACCGGGAGGCGGCGCCGGGACAGGGACGGAGGCGGCAACAGCUGCCCUUGCAACGCCAGGGGCGGGAGCCAACGAUAUGCCGCCUCCUGAGCCCGGAAAGCGAAAAGCCAACGACUACAUCAACGCUUACUUUGGCUUGUUCAAUGUGGACAGGUUUGUGUUCAUAGAGCCUUCAUCGGUGGAUCAGGUGGAUACGGCUGUGAUUCCUGCCGAUAACAGCACGCAGGAGUCUGUGAGCAACAACAGUAAUAGUGACGUCACUAAGCAACCAACCAACAUACCCACUGAAGAAAGCAAUCCUGUUCCUGAACCAUCGAAAAGCGAAGUUCUAAGCAAUAGCACUCUAGAGUCUAAAACUGAUGAAAUAAGUACAGAUCAUUCUACGAAAUCUAUGGAGCAGGCAUCGAGCCCAACAGACAAGAUCCAGUCCAGUACUCCACCUCUGUCCAGUGAAUCCGUAAAUGAGUACAUUCCUGGGAGAAAUGAGACAAUAAAUGCAGCUGAUCCAAAUGCGAAGUCGUCCGACCAAGUCGUGUUCGAAGUGUCCAUGUACGAAGUCGAACAACUCGUCAAAACAUCAGUGUGGCAAGACGAGGAGUACAUAGUGGAGUAUUCACUAGAGUACGGCUUCCUGCGUCUGUCGCCUAGCACCCGCAAGCGUCUGGGCGUGCCUGUGCUAGUCAUCAAACUGGACCCCGCCAAGGACGCCUGCUUUGGAGACACCUUCUCGCGAUUCGUGCUCCACGAAUUUCUCGGCUACGACGAUCUACUUAUGGCUAGCAUCAAAACGCUCGCCGAAUCCGAGGACAAUAAGGGAUAUCUCAGGAAUGUUGUGACAGGAGAACACUAUCGCUUCGUCAGUAUGUGGAUGGCACGGACUUCAUAUAUAGCUGCGUUUUUCAUCAUGCUUGUGUUUACUGUCUCCAUAUCAAUGCUACUUCGAUAUUCACAUCACCAGAUCUUUGUCUUCAUUGUGGAUCUCCUGCAAAUGUUGGAGUUCAAUGUAACGAUCACCUUCCCUGCCGCGCCUCUUCUUACUGUUAUCCUCGCAUUAGUCGGAAUGGAGGCGAUAAUGUCCGAGUUCUUCAACGACACAACGACUGCCUUCUACAUAAUCCUGAUAGUGUGGAUAGCUGAUCAAUAUGACGCAAUCUGUUGUCAUAAUAUCACCACUAAGAAGUAUUGGCUAAGGUUUUUCUACUUAUAUCAUUUCUCUUUCUACGCGUACCAUUACCGCUUCAAUGGCCAGUACAGCGGUUUAGCCCUAGUCACGUCAUGGCUGUUCAUACAGCACUCGAUGGUGUAUUUUUUCCAUCACUACGAGUUGCCACUGAUUCUGCAACAGGCGCACCUCCAGCAGGUUCUGAUCAGGUCGCAGCAGAGUGUCAUAGUCGCUCCUACCCAGCCCCCUCCUCCUGCUACCUCCUCCUCCUCCUCGCCAUCACCUCCUCCCCCUGCAGCAUCCUCCCCAGCUGCUGGGACUCCUGAAGGGACCAGCGCCCCCCCAGAGCCAGCUCCCAGUGAAGAAGCCUCCCUCCCACAGACCUCAACGUCGUCGGAUUCCGCUGGUCUGGAAUCCGGAACGACAACGUCUUCUCCUACGCCUCCCCCCGCGCCCGACACAGGACCCCCCCAGUGAUGUUCGCCCUCCAUCAUUAAAUAAAGUUAGUUUUUAAGUCACAAUUCCUGUUGAUUUUGUUCGCUUUAUAAAUAUUAGUCCUGUGUACAAAGAUUACGUCUGGGGUCCAUUCAUAACAAUCAAGCCAAUUAACACACAUCGAUCUAUGGACGUUCGCUUCUGUGCCGUCGUUAUGAAUUCUAUUAGAAUUAAACGUAACUUGGCUAACACAUGGUUAGAAUUUGCACAUAUCUUGUGUUUGCCAAGCUCCGUUCAAUCUGGUGGAGUUUGUCUAGUUGCACACACAUCGAGUUUUUCCGUUCUUAUGAAUUCUACUUGGAAAACAUAUGUGUAUGUGCACUUAUGUGUUUGACAAGUUACAUUCAUUCUAAUAGAAUUUAUAAACGGCAAAAAAUCGAUCGUCCAGAAAUCGAUGUGUGUAUAACACAUCGUGUUAUAUGUGUGUAUAAAUAUCAGUUAUGUGUGUGUAUAAACAUCAGUUAUAUGUGUGCAUAACUAACUGGCUUUCAUGAGGACGGCAAAACUUCCAACGUUCGUUCAUAAAUCGAUGUGUUUGUAACUGGCUUCCCUCACAACUUUUAAUGAACAGAAAAAUAUUUAAAAUUAUUAUUUAACUCAAAUCCUAAAUGAAUGCUGUAAAUCACCCCGAAGACUUCUGCAUGUCCUAGGUGAUUUACAGCAUUUAUUUAGGAUUUUCGUUAAAUAAUAAUUAUAUAUUAAUUAGCAUUUGAAUAAAUGCAUUCUCUAUCUAAUUCCAUCUGUAAAAAUCCUCAACUUCAAUCCGGGAACAGCACAACGCGUACUUGAUAUUUGAAGCUGAUAAAAGGUUCCUGAUCCAGGUGCAAUCAGUGUAUGGUUUUUUUGUAGAAACUGUGAUCCCUGAAGCAAUAAUUAAGAAUUCACCUUCUGCUAAUUCUUUUUAAUCAAGGAGAGUUUGUAAAUGUAAAUAUACAUCAGUUAUCAUUAUUGCCUAGAGGAAGUGAGUUCCUAUUUCACUUAAUUGAUGACAGUUCAAUAUCUAAACACCUCUCAGGAUAAUUAUGUGUGAUUGGCGAAGAAAUUUUGAAUGCGACCAGUUUUCAUGUAGAUGGAACUUGGCCAACUUGUAAUCUCAUAUGUUCACUUGUUAAGUUUUAUCCCACUGGCUUCAACAAAGCUUGCAAAUCAUCAACCUUAGCAAUUUGAAUACUUAUUCAUCAUUUCCAUGUACCAACCAUAUUACUGGAACAUAUAUAUUGUUAUGACUAUCAUGAUUUGAUUUUUGUUCAUGCCUUCAUUGACUUAGUAAACGAAUUGUAGUUUGGGAAAAUUGUUCAUUGCAACAGACCCCUGAUUUAAACUGCCUAGCCAAAUCGCUGGCUCAGUUUAGUAUGGGGAACGGACUACCUGUUACUUAGAAAAAUUGUGAUGCAUAGUGUAAGGCAUUGAUACCUGUGAGACCUGACUUGUAUUUAAGACAAACUCCGCUGCUUGACUUUUGAGAAACAAACAAAUAAAUUGGACCUUUCUUCGCCUCUUAUUUGUCCAUUCCAAUUUAUUUCUGUGUUUGUAAUCCAGUCUCAUGUUUUAAGUUAUUUAGUUUUAGUAGUAUUGCUACCGGAAUUGUAAGGCUGUCUUAGUUACAUUUUCCGAGCUUUUUUAAUUAUUUUUCUUCAUUCAACGUUACUACAGCUUUUCACUCAGGAUUUGCAUGUUGAACAAUAUGAAUCAAACUAUGAACAUGAGUAUACAGCUGUGAUGAUGCUCUUCUCGAAUCCUGGAAUAUCUAAUUAUAAUCAAUUUCUGAAACAGCUCAAAAACAAUUUUGAACUCAAAAGUCUACUCUUCCUCAAUCAUUUGAUUCAAAGGAAGCCUCCACUGGGAGGUGGAUCAUAUCAUGUCAAUCAUACUGUAAUUUUGAUAGUUUUCUAUAUCAUAAAACCUGAUUAUUCUCUCUGUCAGUUAUUUAGUUUUGUGGACAGUAAUUCGCCAUGAAACUGAUAGGGAUUUUCAACAAACAUAUUUAUUAUAUAUUUUGGUAUUCAACAAUGGCAAGGUGUCAAAUUUUUGUUUUAGUUAUAUAUUACAAUCAUAAUUAUCAUCAGCAGAAGCAUGAUCAUCAUAGAUUUUUUUCCAUUAAUUAUUAGUUUCUCCACUAUUCUAAAACUUUCACUACUUAAAUGUAUAUUUAUUUCCAAUCCUUAGGGUAAUAUUACCUCUCUAUGUAUGAUAUCACUAAGGUGAUAUUGUGUAGUGUUUUAAACAAGCCUUUGUCGUUAAUUAGAAGUAUUUGCGAGCUGCAAGUAGAUAAUUAACCACCCAUAGACUUUAGUAAAACCACGAAAAAACUAAAAUGUUUUGUAUCUUGAAAAAUCACAUUCAAUGACUUGUUGAGGAAUUUGAGUGUUCAAGAGAUUGUUUUUCUUAACCAAUGUUCCAUGCAAUAAAUACAAACAUGUACACACAAGCUUAUUUUGACACUCAAGUAGAUGAUUUGUUAAUUAGACUUGAGGGAGGAGGACCUAUAUGGUUUGUUUGAAAGGCAGCACUGUAUUAGAAAUGCCUUGUAAACGGAAUAUUUCUGUGUAUUCGCUGCUAUUUUAAAUACUUUGAAACUAGUUUUACAAUUCUGUAUUUGCCUUACACCCUUGUUAAAGUUUGGAUUUGUUACGCAGUAAAUAAGUGUUAUCGAAUUGAAUUGAAUGACAGCCUUCAUUUUUUCCUUAGAGAGCAAAGUUAGGGCGCAGUCGGCCCUCUCUUACACUCAAUUCUCUGUUACAUGAUAACAAUACAAAAAUAUUAAAUUAGAAAAUCUUUAAUUAAGAAAAUAAAAUGAUAAUACAAAACUGAAAGAAUACAAUGGAUAAUAUUUACUAAUUUGAAAUAAUUGAUAAGAAAAAAUACUUUAUAAUGAAAAGAAAAUGGAGAAUCACAAUGAUGUUAGAAAUCACUUUCAAAAUAAGUGAUCAUUAUUCUAAAUAUUCAACUGAAUAUUAUAGUAAAAAUCGAUGUUGUUGAUUCAAUUAUCUAAUAAAAAUCCCCAUUUAAAAAAAUAGAAUUCCAACUCCUUGGAAAAACCUCCUCUAUCUAGUAAAAUGUAUUUUGGAGUUAUUCAAUCUCUAUAAUUUACAUCUGUGGUUUUUUGAAGGGAUCCUAUUGUUUAUGUGAUAUUUUUAUUAUUCUCGCGAAUAUUAGGAGCGACUAUUAAUACAUUUGUUAGGGAUGGGUAACAUUCAAUUAUCAAAACUAUUUAUUUGAAUCUGUACUUAUUAAACGUGUGAUGAAAUUCGAUUAGUUUGUGGUUUCAACAUUUUUCUCCCAAACUCAUGAUAUCUCAUGACUAUGUAAAUUAAAUAAAUAACGGAUCUAUCACAAGUUGUUCAGAACAGACCAUCCACCUUUCAACAUGAUUUAGAAUCAUCUACUAGCAAAAGUGAUAACUUAUCUGAAGGUACUCGAUGUGAUAUUAUAACAGUCGGUGAGGGCUCUUUCAAUAUCUCCUUUUCAUAGUAUUUGAAGUAUGAAGGCUUAUUAACUUUCCCCAUCAGUUUCAAGUGCAUUGAUACAGACAUAUUGACUAUCCUCUUGAAAUUUUAUAAUAAUCGAUACCUUUCAAAAGUUUUACAACUUUGAUGAGACAGACCAGAAACAUUGCAACAAAAUGUUUCAUUAAUGAAAUAUUUUCCAAUUUAUCCAUUUCUAAGUAACACCAAAUCAUACCGAUAUUUAUAUUUUAUCUGCUAUCAUUAUUUUCGUGCUCUUUUUAUAUUUCACCAAUAGUAAAUAACCGCAGAUUUUUCUACAGUAUUCAAUAAGUGGAUACCCUAUUUUAUAAUUGGAUACCCUAUUCAAUAUAAGUGCAUAAAAAUUACUUAUUCAAUUGAUGUUUUUAAAGUUAUUCAUUUAAUGACAAAAUUAAUACUUCAAGGCAAUGUAUGUUUUUAGACUGUCCUUCAGAUCAGUUCUCCGACUCUUUUAUUACGUGUAGAAAACUAUGAUGGUUAUGUUAUCAUCAUUAUCUUAUUAUAGCUGGAACUAAUGUAUCUAGAAUAUAAUCUAGUUAUUGUAGGUACAUUGGCUUUCAUCAAUAACUGUUUUACAUUUAAAGGACAAAACUAUUUGAAAUCUAUUUAUGAGUGAUGUAUUAACUGUCUCAGCAAAAAUGUAAUUUUGAAAUUAUUUUUUCAAAUAAUGAAAUUAUCAUAAAUGAAUGAAUUAUUAUUUGUGACGUUGUUAUCAAAGAACUCAGAUUUCUCUAUUGUUCGAUUAUGACGAUAUUUUAAUUCAUUAUUAAAUCUCUUUCAAUCUCCCAGUUUUUAUUCUAUUAAUAUAUUAACGAUUUAUAACGGAUUAAACUAUUUUAUUUCCUACUUGCCAUACCAUGAAAUAGGCAUGUCAACUGACAGACUGCUCGAUAUGAAAAAUACUGUUGGAGGAUGAAAUAUAGUUGUACAUUUUUACCGAAUCAUUGAAAAAAUAAUGAGUAAUUAGAUGUGGUUUGUUAUAAUUUUGAAAAGUUUCAAGUUUUCAUGGAACGGUUUUAAUUAGUGAUUCUAAUUUUGUAUGAUAAACAAACUUGUGGAGAAUUUCCUCGAUUUUCUCAGAACGAAUGACCUGUAAGAUUUUUUUACCACUUUGUGCAGUGUAAAUUGAUUAAUUUUGAAUCUCCAUCUUGUGUAGUAAGAUUCUAAACGUUGGUGAUGAUAUUAAGGUCUCCCAAAGUAAGCUUUUGUUUAUAAUAAAUAUGCUAAUGUAGAGAUUGACAGUGUUAAGAAACUUAAAUUUGGAAAAUUUAGAUGAAUUGUUCGAUUGUUAUUGGUGUUACAUACAGUAGCUCGAAAUAAAACGAAUUCAUUUGUAGAUAAAUUGAAUAGCAGCAACUAUUGACGAUACAUUAAAAACUCUGUUCAGUUAUUGCUGUUAUGAUUAAUAUUGGUUGUUGUUCAUUGACUAAUUGUAUAUUAUUUGUUUUUCAUGGUGUAAAUUUUUUUGUAAAUUGUCGAAUGUAAUACACAAAUAUAUUUUUUCAAAUGUG